CAGACGAAUUUCUCUGAAUCGGAUGAAGUUCCCCCUAGGCCUGCGGUCGCGGGAGUGGAGAGUGUCUGGGGAGCGGGCGGCGGCGGCGGCGGCGGCGGGCCGGGGGACUGGCGGCAGGGCGCCUGGCGGGGCGGCACAGCGCGUUUCCAGCCCGCGGCCCGGCCGCCGCGGCUCUCGGCUCGCGCGCGCCCGCCCUCUAUGCCUCUCCCGCGGCAGCGGCUCCCGAGCUCUCCCGUACUGCGCCGGGCCCAGCCCCGGCCGCCCCGGCGCCAGGCAGCUGGCGGGCCCGCGCGCCAUGGAGCAGACGUACGGCGAGGUCAACCAGCUGGGCGGCGUGUUCGUCAACGGACGCCCCCUGCCCAACGCCAUCCGCUUGCGCAUCGUGGAGUUAGCGCAGCUGGGCAUCCGACCCUGUGACAUUAGCCGGCAACUCCGCGUUUCCCAUGGCUGCGUGAGCAAGAUCCUGGCGCGCUACAACGAGACCGGCUCCAUCCUGCCCGGGGCCAUCGGGGGCAGCAAACCCCGAGUCACCACCCCCAACGUGGUCAAGCACAUCCGGGACUACAAGCAGGGCGACCCUGGAAUCUUUGCCUGGGAGAUCCGCGACCGGCUGCUGGCCGACGGCGUCUGCGACAAGUACAACGUGCCCUCGGUGAGCUCCAUCAGCCGCAUCCUGCGCAAUAAGAUUGGCAGCUUGGCGCAGCCCGGGCCCUACGAGGCGAGCAAGCAGCCGCCGCCACAGCCGGCGCUGCCCUACAACCACAUCUAUCAGUACCCUUACCCCAGCCCCGUGUCCCCCAGCGGCGCCAAGAUGGGCAGCCACCACGGGGUCCCGGGCACCGCCGGCCACGUCAGCAUUCCCCGCUCUUGGCCCUCGGCGCACUCGGUCAGCAACAUCCUGGGCAUCCGGACGUUUAUGGAGCAAACAGGGGCCCUGGCCGGGAGCGAAGGCGCCACUUACUCCCCCAAGAUGGAAGACUGGGCCAGCGUGAACCGCACGGCCUUCCCGGCCACCUCGGCAGUGAAUGGGCUAGAUAAACCAGCACUGGAGGCGGACAUUAAAUACACUCAGUCGGCCUCCGGCCUCUCCGCAGUGGGCGGCUUCCUCCCAGCCUGCGCCUACCCGGCCUCCAGCCAGCACGGCGUGUACAGCGCGCCCGCGGGGGGCUACCUGGCCCCAGGCCCGCCCUGGCCGCCCGCACAGGCUCCCCCGCUGGCGUCUCCCGGGGCCAGCCUCACGGUGCACGGUGGGGAGCUCGCAGCAGCGAUGACCUUCAAGCAUCCCAGCCGAGAAGUGGUCGAUCGGAAGCCGCCCAGCCCCGGCGGCAAGGCCCCGGACAGCCUCAGUAGCUUGCACGGACUGCCCAUCCCGGCCUCGACUUCCUAGGGGUAGCGCUGCCCCGAGCCCGAGCCGGGAGCAGGCGGCGGAGCGACCCGCGGACCCGGGCGCGCGACUCGGCCCGGCAGCCGGGGCGGCACCGCAGGACCGGAGGACACGCCGAGGAGGUGCCGGAGCCGGCCCGCGGGGGCACGCCCCGGCAGCCCGCUCCUCCUGGCCCCGCGGCCACACUGAGGUCGUGGGCCAGGGUUUUCAGGCUUUUCUGGACUUGGGCUUUCAACUGUUGUACCCUUGUUCCGACGUGGCCUCCCUCGGCCAGCCUUCCCCUCCUUCUCCCAGGAUUGUUCGGCUCUCUCCCUCCCUCCUCCCCCUGCUCCCCUCUUUCCCUGCUCACCCUCGAGGCUCUUCUUUCUUUUCUUCCUCCUUCCUCCCUACCCUACCUUCCUCUCCUGCCCCGUUUUCUCCUUCCUUCCCCUCGUCCUUUAAUCUUUUCUCCUCUUCAGCGCCCCAGCUUUCCUCUCUCCGCUGUCUCCUGUGCUCCCUUCCUUGUGGUCUAACCUCGUCCACCAUCUUCUCUCUUUGGAGCCUUUAAAGGUCAAUGAUUAUGUUUCUCCACCUCCCUCCUGCUUCCCUGACACCCAGGAGAGCCUCAGACGGUCUCCCCUCCAGCAGCCGGGACCCUUUAGCCUCCAGCCUUAUAUCCCCCAGGCCUGAUGGAGGUGUCUGGAACCUACAAAGAGAGGCCACAACCUUUUAUAUUUUUAUAAUAAUGAACCGGAACAAAACCCCACGAAUUUUCCCCUCCCUCCCCUCUCCCAGGAUAUAUUGCCUGGAAAUCUGUAUGUUCUCAGUGCCCAGUGACUGAACAACAGAAGUUGGGGUAUGGGGAGGGGCUGCUGGGGCCAUUGGCGUUUUCUCUAGUUGGAAAUGUGAGCCCUGGAGGUGUCUCCCCCCCCACCCCCCCUGCAACCUAACCCGAGGGAAUCUGGCGCACGGUAAAUGCAUAAGCACUAUUUCUGGUGUUGGGAGGGACAUUUGUUAAUUUAAAUUACAGACUGCUUCCGGGUACGAAGGUGCAAUCUGGCUUCUGGUUUGCAAGGGAUUGGGGGUCAGAAAACCCCCUGAAAGUAUCUUCUAGAAGGAGACGCAAGAGCUAUUAACUUCUUCCAGGUUCAGGGGCACUGGUGGCGGGACCCUGGACAUAAACUGCAACUUUUAUAGUCAUGAACGUGUCACUGGCGAGAGUCUGGCAUCACCUGUUCAACGCAGAGGCCUUUGAAUAAAGGAGAGCAUCUGAAGGCUUUGUAAGAA